CGAAAACUAGUUUCAUAUAAAUCAAGCUGCCGUCCGUCGAUGCUUUGUCCUAGGCAUAGGUAACAUUCGAUAACGUUUAGGUAGCACUGAAAACAAAGCAACCGACCUUAAAAGAACUGCAAACUUGUUUCCCUCCACCACCAAACCCAUCAGUUUUGAAAGGAUAUUCCUUUUUUUCUUUCUUUUCCGUUGAAAACGUCGAAUGCGUUUACGACCUUCAACCGUAACUUAAUUUCUUUCGUUUUUUUUGUCCCAUUGGUUAGUUUUGAAUAUUUUCGUAUUUUGUCCAGUACAAGAAUUUUGCAUUUACCACCUUGCUGAAGUGUCCAUUGAUUUUGAUCAUUCCAAAGCUGAUAGCUUUUUUUUGCAUUACUUAGAUUUCUUUCGUUUCUGGCUCCUAUCGGGACGCUUUGUUGCCAUUCUUUAAAGACCACCGAAUAUUUGCAUUAUUUUCUAAUCAUCGCAAAGUAGUGUACUAUUAUUCUUUAUUUUAAAGCAUUUAGACAUUAUUUAAGCUAUCUUUUAGGUUUUCCUUGUCGGUUCUUUUUUUCAACCUUUUUUAUUUGGUAUAUUUGCUUCUUUUUGUUAUCAUGCGCGCCCUGCCAUAUAUCGCUGCUGCCACCGUGAUCGUAUUUAUGAUUAUCGGAGGUGCUUGGUGGAACACGAGUCUGGAUACUCGCCUGCAGUCAAAAGUAGAGAAGAUACUCGACAAGCAUAGUUCGAUUUUUGUGACACCCACUGCCACAGUCACGAACCUUGAGACUGAUACGAUUCGUACUUCAAUCCAUACAACCAUUAGUCAGACUGCGACUACCACCCAAACAAUGACUUCUACUCCUACGACGACUUCUGUUAUUCAUCGAUUGGAACAAACAGAUCCUCAUCCCGACAACUCUAAAAUUGUCAUCCUUAUGGGUAGCAAUUUCCACAAAGAAGAUGGCCCUCUUCAUCCAUAUGCUAAAUCAAUCAUAAAAAACCGCCGCGAAUAUGCCGAGCGUCAUGGCUACAUUUUUGAAUUCUUAGAUGCAAGCGAUUAUGCUUCCAAAGUUGCCGGUCACUUGUUCCCAUGGGUUAAGGUUCCCAUGCUUAAGGAUACUAUGGACAAAUAUCCUAAUGCUGAAUGGAUUUGGUGGUUGGAUCAUGAUGCUCUUAUUAUGAACAAGGACGCAAACCUCGUUGAUUACCUCCUUGACCACAAUAAGCUUAAUAGUCUUUUAACCCGUGGGGCUGAAUAUAAGAGUGGUGCUGGAGUAGACUCUGAUGGUUUUCGUGCGCCUGAACAACAAGAGGCUGAGGAUGUUCACUUCAUUAUGUCGCAAGACUUUAAUGGAAUUAACGCAGGAAGCCUUUUCGUCCGUAACAGCGAAAUGGGUCGCUGGAUCGUUGACAUGUGGUUUGAGCCUUUGUACUUGGAUCACAUUCAAGGGUAUGCUGAACAGCAAGCGAUAUCACAUAUGAUUUAUUAUCAUCCCAGCGUCCAUCAACAUGUUGGUCUUGUUCCACUCCGCACGAUCAAUGCGUAUGACUUUGCGGAUCCCUGGGGUUGGCAAGACGGUGAUAUUUGCAUCCAUUUUGCUGGUUGUAACUUUUUCCACAAUUGCCCUGAAAAAUUUGAGAAAUUUGCCAAGAUACUUUCCAGUAAGCAAGGUGAUGAUUGGUUAGAUCCUGAAGAAAAGGAGUUCAUGAAGCAGAAGAUGUCUGCUCAUGAUUAAUCCCCAUUAACAUUGAGAGUUUGGAUUAAAUUGGGUUGUGAUAAUCGUUCAUAUUUAAUCUUGUCUUCUAUAAUCUACAACCUUCCUAUUUAAUGCAUGUGUCAUUCGAAAUCCUAAAGUUUUCCUUUGAAAUAUUGGGUUUCUUUCACUUCGACUUUAUUUAUAUAACCGUCCUUAUCCUUAGACCAUCUCUUGAUUUGAAUGCUUCUUGUUCAAUACUCUAAUAAUAUGCUAUUAGUUUUUAGUAGUGUACAGGCGUCUUCGAUAUGUACUGACUUCAAGGUGAAUUGCAACGAGCGUCUAAGUUGUCUUUCGUUUCUCCAGAAUGAUUAAUUUGAAAUACGUCAAGCUUUUUGUAACCACUAAAGCAAAAUUGGUUUAUAAAGCGAUGAGACCGAAAUACUUGAUCUAAUAUGACUGAAGAAAGAAAGUUGCAACUGGGAGCGUUCAAGAUGCUCGUAAAACUUUAAAACAGUUUGAAAAUUAGUAUGGAUCUCAAUGUAUGCAAUACGAUUUGAGAAAAGCCAAAUAAUUGUAUCAUGACUUUCAGAAGGAAUACUUGAGUUUUCAGCUUAUGAACUUAGCAUUGUAACUAUAGUCAGAAAGUCAAUCCUUAAAGUCAAAUAUUGAAUCUAUUAGAUUCAUGUCUUUUAAAUUAGGAAUUCAAUCAAAUUCCAAAACGGUAAUAUACAAUACCCCCUCCCAAGUACUACAGAAGGAAAUUAACAUAAUUUACUUGUAUUAUUAUAAUCACAAGGGAUUUAAGAUGAAAUUUGGCGUUUUCUACAUAGUAACUGCUCAGACUUGUUCCCCAGAGUCUAAGCUCUAAUGUUAGAGUGAAUAAUGCUUAUUUUAUACAAUUCCCUUUAUGUUGUCUUUUGAGUCGGGUCUUUAUAAAUCUCAAUUCAGCUACAAAAUAGAACAAGAUUCAACACUGAAGGUUUACAAUAUUUCCUUGAAUAAAAGAUAAAUUGAUAUUCAACAUCUUGAAUGCAUCAAUUCAAACAAGAGACGCUUUCUCUUAAGUAUUUUGGUUUCUCAUUAAUUCGUUACGAACUUUUCAAUGAACCAACAAGCAACACCACCAAAAAAAAACUUUCUCGCUU